AUGCCAAAGAAUAAGGGUAAGCCCACCUCAACUUACAGGCAUUGGUGCAGGAAAGGGAGGAAAAAACCGCCGGCGGGGCAAGAAUGAAAACGAGGGGCAGAAGCGUGACUUGAUUUACAAAGAAGAUGGACAAGGUACGCUUUACCUUCCUGAGGCAAAUAAUCACUUGCCCCGGUUUACUUGAUGCCUAUAUUGAGAGUUUAUUUGAUGCCUUUUUAACACGCCUUUUUCCAAAUGCUUUGAAUUGCCUUUUUGUCGAUAGAUCCGAUGUUCCACUACGAAGUCGUAAGGAGGAUUUUGCAUAUACCUUUAAUUACGAACUACUGCCUGUAGAUGAGUUUUUGAGGUUGUUGUUCCUUCUUACUUUUCCAUUCGCAAACCAUGGAAGUAUAAGGAACUGGGGUUCCCCAUGUGUGAUCUUCCCUUCUCACCUUACUCCUGAUUUUUCCGUAAUUCCGUUUUCAUUCACACAUAGUCGGACUUCUGCGAUACUAGAGGCUUAUGUUCUAUGUUUGUUUCUUCUGUUUGUCCAAACGGAGGUCAUUUUUGAUUUGUCUUUUGCCAAACGGCCGCCAUACCCCGGGCAAGCAGACCGUUCUGCUUGUAAAAUGCAGCGCCAUAACAGUCGGAAUUUCGUUCAUAUCCCAGCGGUUUAGGCGCUCUGCUGCAUUUCGAGGAUAAAACCAGGUUAGUGCAGAUGACGCAUGUGGCCGCUUGAUGAAGAUUCAGCUGCUCAUCUACGCUCCCCUUGGAAAUAUCGCGUAGUUAGGCAUUGUGUUAUAAGCCGGCGCAUCACCCUCAGGUGGUGUGAGUAGAGAGAGCGUCCUUGAUGCUCUAGUUAGGAAUGGCUCUCGCGGGGCAUACGUUUUAAGGGGUUUAUUAUAAAUUUUUUCAAGGUUUUAGUCUUUUCCUCGGUCGACUAUGCUUGCUGAGUUGGGAAUCAUAUUUUUCGAACUGUACCUUUGACUUCUUGCUGCCGGUGAGUGCUGUGCCUCAAGACAACUUUUCGUAGUUUUUGAAGACAUCGAGCUCAUUGUCUGUUUUUUUUUUAUAAAACCAGAGGUCGAGUAUGGUGUAGUCGAGGUUAUGUUUUCACGGGGUCUACACAAAACUUUGGAAGAUUGGUUUUCGGACAGAUAUAUGCAUAAGCACGUUCGGAAGUGGUAGCUUGCUAUGUGUUUCUGUCGUAAAGAUAAUUGUGCUUUUUGGUGCAAGCCACCCAUCAUGACAAGCGUACGUUGUGAUGGUGACGUAGGCAACGCAUUUGUUCCAGCUAAUAUGGACUUCAGAGAAUCCUUAGCACGUCCUAUUUCAAUUAUAAACACAGCCAAAUUUACGGAGGAUGACGUGCAAUGGUUGGCCUUUUUUGUGCACUUCUUUCCCCGGGGAUCCCCGCCUAGUCUUUCCGAUAACUGCCUACCGAGAGCUUUCAGGCGUUAUGUCUCUGACCGCAGUUUUCUCAGUGACUCAGCCAGCCCCUGCUUCACUCCGACCAUAACGUUGCUACUUAGAUAUCACUCAUCGUAUGUUAAACCAUUGUGGAACCGACUGAUUCGUCGACUUCCUCACUCAAUUUAAAACUCUUGUUCCACUUGCUGUCUAUUUUCUAAUUUCCUUGUCUUUUGGCAGUGUAGGCUUUGCUUAUCUAUUCCAAAAUACAGCAAAUCACCAGUAGUCGAGAACGAUUCAGGACAGAAAAUUUAGUGUAACACGUAAGCUGACUACUGUCAGCAGAGGGGGGGGGGGCUUCUGUGGUUAUACACAUGCGUCCGAGUGUCGUGCUUAGUGCGCAGUAUGGUGGUCGUUGACGUAUGUUGCCCCUUGGCAAAUUGCCAGACCAACCAACUCUGUAUAGGGCUAGCCCGUGCAACUGUCAUAAUUGCAGUUUGCUCGCAAGUCCGUUAAGUUGGCUCGCCACCUCGGGUUUGAUUCCUUGUGAGCUCACUGGCGACGUCAGCUAACUGAGAUGGAUUGCCAACCAACUUGGUCGACUUAUGACGUGAGGCCAUCAACUCUCUGACGACCGCGAUAUAUUUCUUCCAACUUUAUUACCAAGUUUACGUUUUUUGGUUCCUAAAAAUUCUUAAAUCGCGACUUACUAACCCGUUUAACUUUGCGUCCGCAGUUUUGUCAGACACCACUUAAUUUUAUCGGACGAAUACUCUUGCGGAAAGCCAACCAUGAGAGCCACUUUCCCCGCCAAUUUAUUCUCCCCACGGUUCGUAUAAAAUUAAUUGCGAAGAACUUGCACGUGACUUCCCCAAACACAUGGUCAUUGAGUGCAGAACUAAUCUUCCCGAGGGUUUUAAUUUGCGACACUUUGGACUUUUGUCUCCUCCGGGGUGGGGGGUGCGUCGAUAUUGUGUUUGUGUGGCAACAAAGAUUAACGCAAGGUAAGUUCCGAGAUAACCGACCUUUUAGUCAUUCAGGGAGAGGGGAACAAGAGUUUUGCAGGUGACGGAUAGAGGGACGAUUUAACAGCGGUUUGGCCGAAGGAGCGCCUCCCAGUUGCGCCGAUAUGUUAGAAGGCCUUAAACUAUUGUUUGAGUGCGCUACCCUUCGUCUUUUACGGGGCGCCUGUACACGAGCUUUUACCGCUUCGGGCAAAGUAGCAGUUCACCUACUCGCAUUUACGAGCCAUUUAAGACGGCAGUCAUCCGUGACUGCUAGUCUCACCCUGUCAAUUAUUUUUACGUCCUUGAGCAUUCGUGCAACCCGCUCUGCAGUUCAGAUCAUGGUUCUGCAACUUAUUCAGAUUUUUUUCACAGUGCACACGUUGCCUCCACCCACAAUGAUACCUAGCUUUUAGUUAACACGUUCCCCGUAUUCUAAGGGAUAUUGUACACCUAUGACUAAAUAGGUCUUGUUCAAUACACAAUGUGCAGAACGAACCAAGGUCCGUUCGUUAUUACUGCCAUCCACAUCUCGUCUCCUUGUUCUUUACAGAGUACGCAAAAGUCGAACGACUUCUGGGCAACGGACGCUUAGAGGCCUACUGUUUCGAUGGUGUCAAACGGUUGUGCCACAUUCGUGGAAAGAUGCGGAAGAAGGUAAAAUUCACCUUUUAAAGGCGUUCUGGACUUUUCAUUGAGUAGAAAACCCAGUGGUCGACACAUGUUGCUCUAGAAUUGAUGCAUUUAUGUCGCCAAAGAAAAGACUUGUAAUUAUGUAAUUAUGUGCAUACUCAGUUGUCCGGAUCUUAUAUCUUCCCCACAAACACUUAUAGUCAAAAGGCACCACACACUGGAUCUCCAUUGCUCGGACUGGCUUCCGUUGGAGUCAUGCUGAAGGCCAGCGUAAUCAUUUAAUCACGCAUACAACGUCAGAAUUCCUUCCUUGCGAGGCGUAUUGAGACGGAAACAACGAUUCUUUCCAAUGGUAACUUAGUAUGUUCGGCCUCGGCCGAGCGGUACAUGUCGAUGGAAAUCCGUUCAGUUCUGCUAGAUGCUUCGAGCACAAAAAAGCAAUUAGACUGUUCGUGUUUAAAUGUGUCGUGAAACCAGACCCGGUGAAAUUCCUUCCCCGGGGUCAUAUUCUCGGUUGUGCCGAGGUUCACACUUCUUUUGUCGAAAACCCCCUAGACACUCCUCGCCCCUGUGGGCCGUAAUGUUUUAGUUCAUAAUCACAGCGUUGGGCUACUUGUGUUUACAGAAUCUUUCCCUCAAAGCGUCACGCCUAUCCCACUUUAGUUUUCCCAGACGUGUAUUACUGGUUUUCUCUCCCCUAUGUCAUCUUAGGUUUGGAUCAACAGUGGCGACAUUAUCCUCGUUGGCCUGCGUGAUUUCCAGGACAGCAAAGCUGACGUCAUCCUGAAGUACUUAAACGACGAGGCACGUGCCCUCAAAUCUCUGGGUAGGUGGUAAACAAUUUUUACCUCAUUUUACUCUUUAGUCAUUUGUGUACAUAUUUUUCAUUAGAAGUGGACUUUUCAUUCGAUAACCUGCCCUCGCUCCAUUCACUCUGUUGCACUGGCUUUCGCUGUAGGCGAGAUUCCUGACACUGUGAACUUGGAGGAGAACAAUGACAUCGCUUUUGACGCCAACGCGGCAAUGCCUGAAUUCGAUACGGAGGACAGGGACUCCGACAUGCCUGGUUCCUCAGAUUCCUCGUCCUCCGAAGAGGAAUCUGAAGACGAGGAAGAUGAGGAGGACGAAGAGGAACAGUUGGGCUUGAAGAAUGCUUCCCGCUACAAGGGUGAAUUCAGCGGCGACGUCAAUCACUGGAAGGGCAAGAAACAGAAGCCUCGAAAAUAA